ACUGCUGUCAGUUCACGUCUUCUAGUCUAUUUAUAAUUCCUUCAAUCAAUUUAUACUAGAUAAUUUUAAUAUUGAUUAAUCCAGGGGAAACUGAAACGAGAUUUUUAUAACAAUAUUCGUAUCUGUGAACACUGAUACUACAGAAGGUCAAGAGAUACGUUUUAAGACAAAGUCGUAUUAUUCAAUUUCAUUAAACCUAGCAAUGUCUCAAAUGAAAACAAACAAGAAAUUUAAGUGGGCUCUGGACUUCAACCCAAAGAAUAAAACAUCGACAGCAGAAUUACCGUCUCCUCCAGGCUACAGUCAAUCGGCAAAUGCAAAUUAUACAGAAUCGUCUAAAGACAAUGAUUCAAAUUUAUUAUUAAUAAAAAAACUUUGGGAUGUUGCAUUAGGACCAUUGAAGCAAGUGCCGAUGAAUCUUUUUAUUAUGUAUAUGGCAGGGAAUUCUAUAUCUAUUUUCCCAAUAAUGAUGGUUGGUAUGUUGAUUGUUCGACCUGUUAAAGCACUAUUUGCUACACAAAGCACUUUCAAAAUGGUAGAAGGAACACAGGCAGUUGGGCAGAAGUUUGUUUACUUUAUUGGGAAUAUUGUCAAUAUACUAUUGGCUCUCUAUAAGUGUCAAAGUAUGGGUCUACUACCCACACAUUCUAGUGAUUGGUUAGCAUUUGAAGAACCACAAACUAGAGUAGAAUAUGUUGGGGGUGGUAUGUCCUUGGUAUAAGGCAAAAAAAGAAAAUAGCAUUAUUUACUGUUUUUAUUGCUAAUUUUAUUUUAUAUAGAUUACCAUUGUAUAGAACUAAUAAACGGUAUUUACAGACAAAUU